AUGAUGUCGUACCUGAAAGUUAUGAUCAUAUGGAACAUACUAUGCUUAUCCCUGGUGGUCCUUUCACUGUCCUUGAUUCCAGAAGUGUCUUCUCAAGAUGUAUCAAGCUGUACAGGGAGAUGUGGGGCAGGGUAUUCUAGAGAUCAUGACUGCCAGUGUGAUUUUAACUGUCACCACUACAUGGAGUGCUGCCCUGACUUCAGGAAAGUCUGCACAGUGGCCGCCUCCUGCGAGGGACGCUGCUUUGAAGCCUUCGAGAGGGGCAGGGAGUGCGACUGCGACGCCGACUGCGAGCGGUACGGAAAAUGCUGCCCAGACUACGCCAAGCACUGUAAAGAGGCACACACAGAAAAGCCAACCCCGGAGACUCCCCCAGAAAACAAAUCAACAUCUAAAAGGUCCUCCACAGAUGAGGAAGAGUCACCAGAGGAAGCUGUGGAAGAUCCUGAAAUCCAAGUGACCACUCCUGCCCCAACCACAGAACCUGCAGAGACAACCCCUGAGGCCACAGACGAACCAGCGACUGAGGCUGAGCCUCCCACUCCAGAAACGGCAGAAGAUGUGACCCCUGACGUCACAGAGGAGCCACUGACUGAAAUGGACCCGACCGACCUGCCCCCAACACAAGACCCGACCCCUGAUGCCACCGAGGCAGCAGCAACCGACAGCGAGCCUCCCACCAGCCCCACGCCUGAAGAGACAACCCCAGAGGAACCGACAACACCAACACCAGAGGAGACAACCCCAGAGGAACCGACAACGCCAACACCAGAGGAGACAACCCCAGAGGAACCGACAACACCAACACCAGAGGAGACAACCCCUCCGCCGGAGGAGACAACCCGCCCACCAUCAGAGGAGACAACCCCAGAGGAACCAACAACACCAACACCAGAGGAGACAACCCCUCCACCAGAGGAGACAACUCCAGAGGAACCGACAACACCAACACCAGAGGAGACAACCCCUCCACCAGAGGAGACAACCCCAGAGGAACUGACAACUCCCACACCAGAGGAGACAACGCCAGAGGAACCGACAACACCAACACCAGAGGAGACAACCCCAGAGGAACCGACAACACCACCACCAGAGGAGACAACCCCAGAGGAACCGACAACACCACCACCAGAGGAGACAACCCCAGAGGAACCGACAACACCAACACCAGAGGAGACAACCCCAGAGGAACCGACAACACCCCCAGAGGAACCAACAACACCAACACCAGAGGAGACAACCCCUACACCAGAGGAGACAACUCCCACACCAGAGGAGACAACUCCAGAGGAACCAACAACACCAACACCAGAGGAGACAACCCCAGAGGAACCAACAACACCACCACCAGAGGAGACAACCCCAGAGGAACCAACAACACCACCACCAGAGGAGACAACCCCAGAGGAACCAACAACACCACCACCAGAGGAGACAACCCCAGAGGAACCAACAACACCACCACCAGAGGAGACAACCCCAGAGGAACAAAACACACCACCAGAGAAACCCCAAAACCAACAAACCAAACCAGAGACAACCAGAGAACCAACAACACCAACACCAGAGGAGACAACCCCUACACCAGAGGAGACAACAACACCACCAGAGGAGACAACUCCCACACCAGAGGAGACAACGCCAGAGGAACCAACAACACCAACACCAGAGGAGACAACCCCAGAGGAACCAACAACACCAACACCAGAGGAGACAACCCCUACACCAGAGGAGACAACUCCCACACCAGAGGAGACAACCCCUGAGGAACCGACAACACCCACACCAGAGGAGACAACGCCAGAGGAACCGACAACACCCACACCAGAGGAGACAACGCCAGAGGAACCGACAACACCCAAACCAGAGGAGACAACCCCAGAGGAACCAACAAUACCACCACCAGAGGAGACAACCCCUCCACCGGAGGAGACAACCCCAGAGGAACUGACAACUCCCAAACCAGAGGAGACAACCCCAGAGGAACCAACAACACCAACACCAGAGGAGACAACCCCCCCACCAGAAGAGACAACUCCAGAGGAGCAAACAACACCACCACCAGAGGAGACAACCCCAGAGGAACCGACAACACCAACACCAGAGGAGACAACCCCAGAGGAACCGACAACACCCACACCAGAGGAGACAACCCCAGAGGAUCCAACAACACCACCACCAGAGGAGACAACCCCAGAGGAACCAACAACACCAACACCAGAGGAGACAACCCCUACACCAGAGGAGACAACCCCAGAGGAACCGACAACCCCCACACCAGAGGAGACAACCCCAGAGGAACCAACAACACCAACACCAGAGGAGACAACCCCAGAAGAACUGACAACACCAACACCAGAGGAGACAACCCCUACACCAGAGGAGACAACCCCAGAGGAACCGACAACACCACCACCAGAGGAGACAACCCCAGAAGAACUGACAAUACCAACACCAGAGGAGACAACUCCAGAGGAGCUGACAACACCAACACCAGAGGAGCCCACCACCCCCAAACCAGAGGAAACUACACCAGAGGAGCCAACAACUCCUAAACCAGAAGGGACAACCCCAGAGGAGCUGACAACUCCUAAACCAGAAGAGCCCACAACUCCAAAACCAGAGGAGCCCACAACUCCUAAACCAGAAGAGACAACCCCAGAGGAGCCAACAACUCCCAAACCAGAGGAGACAACCCCAGAGGAGCCAACAACUCCCAAACCAGAGGAGACAACCCCAGAGGAGCCAACAACUCCCAAACCAGAGGAGACAACCCCAGAGGAGCCAACAACUCCCAAACCAGAGGAGACAACCCCAGAGGAGCCAACAACUCCCAAACCAGAGGAGACAACCCCAGAGGAGCCAACAACUCCCAAACCAGAGGAGACCACUCCAGAGGAGCCAACAACUCCCAAACCAGAUGAGACAACCCCAGAGGAGCCAACAACGAUCAAACCCAAAGAGCCAACCACCUUGGCAGACUCUCCUGCCACCCCCAGACCUGAAGAAACAACCCCAGAGGAGCCAACAACCCCCAAAACGGAGGAGACAACCCCAGAGGAGCCAACAAUGGCAGACUCUCCUACUACCCCAAAACCUGAAGAAACAACCCCAGAAGAGCCAACAACCAAGGCAGACUCUCCCACUACUCCUAAACCUGAAGAAACAACCCCAGAUGAACCUACAACCAAGGCAGACUCUCCCACCACCUCUGAAGCCGAGGAUGCUCACUCCCCAACCACCCCUGCAGCCCCUGAGGCCAGUAAAGCCACGGCUUCUUCAAGUAGUGCUGCACCCACAACAGUUGGGAAGGACUCCCCCACAACUGGGGCAGGGACAAUGCUUUCAGAUACCACAAUGGAGAUCAAGGAGACAACAACACCAAAGAAAGACAGAACUACUCUGCUUAAAGACAUUUUCACAGCUGCAACCGGGAAAGACACAGUUACUGCAGCUAUGGUGACAACAGCUAAACCAGGUGAUUCUCCUAAAGGUGUGGAUGACAUUCCAAACACAGCUCCUACGGCCAAGGAACCUGUCACUGCAGCAGCUGAAUCAGAAACAACUUCUACAGACACCAAGACUGCAACAACAGCAGCCACAGCUCCCUUGCCCAGUCACACUGUGCUGGUAACAACCAUCGAGGAAGAUUCGACUCCUCAGCCCAGUGAGGCUGUAACACCAAAUGAAAAAGAGACAACUACAGACACUGAGCAGGCUGGGCCAGCAGCAGACAAAGAGAGCCCAGGUGCUUCUUGUGUUAUUGUGGAGAUGACAACAGCUGGUAAAAAAGAGGAAACAACCAUUAAAGAAAUGAGCACCACACCUGAAAAAGAAAUGGAAGGUGUCACUGAAAAGGCCCCUGGUACUGCCAAAGAAGAGGUGACUACAGUUACCAAAGAGACCACAACAAGGGAUAAAAAGGACACAAUAGAAGAAAUGUAUCUUGUGUCUAAUGGGACAUCCAAGCCAACAAUAUAUUUCCAGGAGGUCACUGAGGCUGUAGAAGAACCUCAUCCAACUGAACCUGAAACUCUACCAGCAAAAGAAGAGCCCGAGAUAAACAAGCCUUUAAUACAAGCUGGGGACCUGCCAAUGUUCCCUGGAGAAACACCAGAGAGGAACGACGAGAAGGACCUGUGCAGCGGCAAGCCAGCGGACGGCAUGGUGGCCCUGCCCAAUGGCACCCUGGCCGUCUUCCGAGGUCACUAUUACUGGCUGCUGAACGGCCGGAGCCCGCCGACCACCAACCCCCGCCGGAUCACCGACGGCUGGGGCAUCCCCUCGCCCAUCGACUCCGUCUUCUCCAGGUGCAACUGCGAUGGAAAAACCUUCUUCAUCAAGGGUCCCCUGUACUGGCGUUUCACGAAUGGUGUUAUGGAUAAUGGCUAUCCCAAACCUCUCGCAACUGGAUUUGCAGGGCUAAGUGGGAGAAUAGUAGCAACCCUCCCUGUGGCAAGAUACAACACCAGACCAGAAUCUGUUUAUUUUAUCAAAAGAGAUGGGAACAUGCAGCAGUAUGUGUACAGACAAGAACCAGCCAAGAAGUGCCAAAGAAGAGCCCAGGUCACCAUCAGAUACCCAGCCUUUGUCCCCAGAGUUGUCAUCCGGCGGCGCUUCCAGCGUGCUGUGCGAAUGCCGACCGUCAUCCGCACCGUCAGGAUCAACCCCUACCCCUCUGGAGUUCUGCGCAAGGAAAUCAAAAUGACAACGUACUGGAGAGGGCUCCCCAAGGUUGUCCACUCAACUCUCUCCAUACCCAACCAGAACAAGCCCGAUGGCUACGACUACUAUGCCUUCUCUUACAAUCGGUACUACAGUUUGGAUAUUGGCAAAAGAAUAGCACGGCCUGUUACUGCUCUCACAGGAAAGACUGUAACCAAAGACUGGUACAACUGUCCCAGCAAGUGAUGCACAGCAGAGGAGUUCAAAUCAAGAUGCCAUUUGGAUGUCAAUGUUUUUUCUAAUUUUAUUAAUAAAAGACAAUGAAAUAUGUGCACACAACUCUAAGUAUUAAAAUGCUGCUUCAAGCUCUGGCUUCAUUACACUAAGCAAUCACAGGCAAACUGGCAUUUUGUAUACACAGCUAGAAGUCCUUUACAU